AUGGCAGACGAAGUUUCUAGACCAUUGCCUGCACGGUUUGGUCGGGUUCAUAUGGAUACUAGAUAUGAAUAUGAAGGGCAUACGAUGUACCCGCCACAACAAGAGAUGACCGAUACAAAACAAGAAAAGGUGGAGCAAACUCCGAGUGAGAAAUCUAAUGAAAUUGCUAUCACGUAUGAAGCAGUCUUUCCUCCCGAUGAUGAAAAAGCUAGGUUCAACGAUUGGCCAUUUGCACUUCUUUUCUUUGUUGUUCUAAUUGUGUUCAUAGCGGCAGCGUCGCUGGUUUUGAGAGCCUCGGUUCGAGAUUAUUUACAAAUGGGUUCUAUAAGGUACCAAGGGAGCAGCAAUUUAGGGCCUUCGAACUAUGUUGCGCUACUAUUUCUUCCGAGCAUCAUAGCACUUUGCUUCGCCGGUUUAGGAUUUACUCUUUGUCAGCUCUUCCCUGCAUUCUUCAUCUAUUGCGGAAUGAUAAUUAAUCUUUUGACUGCAUUCGGAAUAGCUGUAAUGUUUUUGGUGCUAAAAUAUUGGACUGCAGGUGCCGUAUUCCUGGUAUUUACUUUGAUAGGUGUGUGGUGUUAUUGGAAUAUGAGAUCAAGAGUUCCGUUCAGUGUAGCCCUGCUCAAAACUGUGGUUCUUGCCAUGAGACAGAUGCCUCAGACAUUGUUAGUCUCCUUGAUCGGUUCGUUAGUAGGUAUCGUAUUUUCCAUUAUCUUUUCAGCGGCAAUUGUAGCAACAUAUAUGGAAUAUGGGCGGAAAGUUUGCGACAUCAAUGUUGAUGAUUGCUCACGGGCAAAAUUGAUUGGACUUCUAGUGUGUGUUUUCUUCUCUGGUUUCUAUGUCGGUGAGGUGAUAAGAAACGUAAUCCAUUGUACGGUUUCCGGAGUGUUUGGUUGCUGGUAUUACACAUCUGGAUCUAAAAAUAAGGGACCUAAAUGGCCUGCAAUGGGAUCAUUGAAAAGAGCUAUGACUCGUUCCUUUGGAUCUAUCUGUUUUGGGUCCUUGAUAGUAUCUAUCAUUGAGACCCUUCGGCAAUCCUUAAGAUUAAUUAGAGAAAGCUUGCAACUCGAUAGUGAUUUAGAUGGUUGUGGAUCUGUAGGAUUCUUCGCCAUUGAUCUAAUUAUCUCUUUUUUGGAUUUCUUAGUCAGGCAUUUUAAUCACUAUGCAUAUUGCUUCAUUGCACUCUAUGGUAAACCAUAUUUGAAGGCGGCAAAGGAAACAUGGCACAUGAUGAAAUACAAAGGAUUUGACAUUCUAAUUAAUGAUAAUUUGAUCAACAUCGCUUUGGGACUAUAUUCUCUGUUCGCUGGAUAUAUGUCAGCAUUGUUUGCAUUUCUUUACCUGCGAUUCACAAGGCCUGAUCAUAACAUUCUAACAGAUUUCAAUGUUUCUGUCAUGGCAAUAUCAUUUUUCAUUGCUCUUCAGAUCUGUAAUAUUACUAAUGAAACCAUAAGAUCUGGUGUGUCCACUUUCCUUGUAACCUUAGGUAAUGAUCCUGAAUUGUUCAAAGCAAAGUAUCCACGAAGAUUUGAAGAGAUAUUCGGAGCGUAUCCAAAUGUCCUAAACAAAUUGGAUCAGCGGGACGUCUAA